UCAGAAAGACUGCAAGAAGGAAUGGAAAUGGGAUUUGUUUCCGACCAGAUGAAAUUUGGGUGUUAAAUCACUGAUGCUGGUCAGUGGUAGGGUUUCCCCCCCACCCCCCACUGGCUUUUAAUCAGCCUGGGUGUCUUCUCCCCUAAAGGAUGAAGAGUACUGACAGCCAUCGCUGCUUAUAAUCAGUAACUCUGAUGCUUGGAGUGUUGGCAAUGAGAUAUUUCCAUGAGACCUAUUUAGAUCUCUCCACUUCUACCAGGCUAGUUUUGCAGAAUGUUGGGAAUAAGCGGUAUGUCAGAUAUGGCUGAGACUCCGAAGAUGAUCCGCAUGCUUUACAUUUUUCACAAAUUUUGGGAAAUAAAAUGUACGCUUGCUGCUCCACAGUAACUUUGGAACAGGACCUCAACAAAAAAAUGCAUAUCUGGAUGCUGCAGACGAUCGUGUUUGCUUUAACAUCGCUAGUCCUUUCGUGGGCAGAAAGCAUCGAGUAUUAUGGGGAAAUCUGUGAUAAUGCGUGUCCUUGUGAGGAGAAGGACAGCAUCCUAACAGUGAGCUGUGAAAACAGAGGGAUCAUCAGCCUUUUUGAGAUCAGUCCACCAAGGUUCCCUGUCUACCACCUCUUGUUGUCUGGGAAUCUUUUGAACAGGCUGUACCCAAACCAAUUUGUUAAUUACACGGGGGCUUCAAUUUUGCAUCUAGGGAGCAAUGACAUACAAGACAUCGAAACAGGGGCCUUUCAUGGUCUGAGAGGCUUAAGGAGGCUACACUUGAAUAAUAACAAGCUGGAACUUCUACGGGACGACACUUUCCUUGGUCUAGAGAGUUUGGAAUACCUACAGGUCGAUUAUAAUUAUAUUAGCGUCAUUGAACCUAAUGCCUUCAGCAAACUGCAUUUGCUGCAGGUGCUGAUUCUCAAUGAUAACCUCCUCUCCAGUUUGCCCAACAACCUUUUCCGUUUUGUGCCCUUAACUCACCUGGACCUGAGGGGUAACCGGCUGAAGCUGUUGCCCUAUGUGGGCCUUUUGCAGCACAUGGAUAAAGUGGUGGAGCUGCAGCUGGAGGAAAACCCCUGGAAUUGUUCUUGUGAGUUGAUUGCUCUAAAGGAUUGGCUAGACAGUAUCUCCUACUCUGCACUGGUGGGAGAUGUGGUUUGUGAGACCCCUUUCCGCUUGCACGGUCGAGAUUUGGAUGAAGUUUCCAAGCAGGAGCUUUGCCCCAGGAGACUCAUCUCGGAUUACGAAAUGAGACCACAGACACCACUGAGCACCACAGGGUAUUUCCACACUACCCCAGCCUCGGUCAACUCCGUGGCCACUUCUUCUUCAGCUGUUUACAAAUCCCCCUUGAAGCCCCCCAAAGGGACUCGCCAACCCAACAAGACAAGGGUGCGACCCACUUCCCGUCUGCCCUCAAAAGACCUGGGAUACAGCAACUAUGGACCCAGCAUUGCCUACCAGACCAAAUCCCCGGUGCCUUUGGAAUGUCCCACUGCCUGCACUUGCAACUUGCAGAUUUCUGACCUGGGCCUCAAUGUCAAUUGUCAGGAGAGGAAGAUCGAGAGCAUUUCUGAGCUACAGCCCAAACCCUAUAAUCCUAAGAAGAUGUAUCUGACAGAAAACUACAUCACUCUGGUACGCAGGGCAGAUUUUGUGGAUGCCACCGGGCUGGAUUUACUGCACCUGGGCAAUAAUCGGAUCUCGGUCAUUCAGGACCGGGCUUUUGGGGAUUUAACUAAUUUGCGAAGGCUGUACCUGAAUGGGAACCGUAUCGAGCGGCUGAGCCCAGAGCUGUUCUACGGGCUGCAAAGCCUGCAGUACCUUUUCCUGCAGUACAAUGUCAUCCGGGAGAUAGAGGCAGGCACCUUUGAACCCGUCCCCAACCUCCAGCUCUUGUUUUUGAACAACAAUCUUCUGAGAUCUUUGCCUGGGAACAUUUUUUCUGGUCUCUCCCUUUACAGGCUGAGCCUGCGGAGCAACCACUUCUCCUACCUGCCAGUGAGCGGGGUGCUGGACCAGCUGAAAUCCCUGCUGCAGAUCGACCUGCACGAGAACCCCUGGGACUGCACCUGCGACGUGGUAGGCAUGAAACUGUGGCUGGAGCAGCUCAACACCGGCGUCCUGGUGGACCAGGUGAUCUGCGAGUCCCCGAAGAAGUUCGCCCAGAGCGACAUGCGAGCCGUCCGGGCGGAGCUGCUGUGCCCCGACUACUCGGACAUCGUCGUCUCCACGCCCACGCCGUCCCCGGGCCAGGUCCCGGCCAGGACCACCCCCUCCUCCUCCACCGUGCGCCUCAACGGCACGGCGGCGGCGGGCGGCUCCACGCCUGCGGGGGGCGGCGGCGGCUCUUCGGUGCCGCUCUCGGUGCUGAUCCUCAGCCUGCUGCUGGUCUUCAUCAUGUCGGUCUUCGUGGCGGCGGGGCUCUUCGUGCUGGUGAUGAAGCGGCGCAAGAAGGGCCAGGGUGACCACGCCAGCGCCAACAACUCCGACGUGAGCUCCUUCAACAUGCAGUACAGCGUCUACAGCGGCGCCCACCACCACCACCCACACCUCCAGCAGCACCCGCCCCACCGCGGCGCCGGCGGCGGGGGGGGCGCGGCGCUGCCCAAAGUGAAGACCCCCGCCGGGCACGUCUACGAGUACAUCCCGCACCCCCUGGGCCACAUGUGCAAAAACCCCAUCUACCGCUCCCGGGAGGGCAACGCGGGCGAGGAUUACAAAGACCUCCACGAGCUCAAGGUCACCUACAGCAGCCACCCCCUGCAAGCCGGGGGGGGGGGGCAGCCUCCACCGCCGCCCCCACCGCCGCCGGCGCCCGGCGGGGAGGAUGCGCCCGGGCGCAGCCCCGCGUACAGCGUGAGCACCAUCGAGCCGCGGGAGGAGCUGCUCUCCCCGGUGCAAGACGCCGAUCGCUUUUACAGGGGCAUUUUGGAGCCCGACAAACACUCCUCCUCCUCCACGCUGGGCACAGCCGGCUCCACCCUCCCCGACUUCCCCAAGCUACCCGCCGCCUACACCUAUUCCCCCAACUAUGACCUUAGGCGUGCCCACCAGUACUUGCACCCGGGGCCGGGGGACGGCAGGCUCCGGGAGACGGUGCUCUACAGCCCCCCGAGUACUGUCUAUGUAGAGCCCAACAGGAACGAGUACCUGGAGCUAAAAGCAAAACUAAACGCAGAGCCGGACUACCUCGAAGUGCUGGAAAAACAGACCACAUUCAGCCAGUUCUGAGAAACAGUGCUCCUCCCCUUCCCCCGCCAACCACAGCAAAUCUUUCUCUAGAGUAUUUGUAUUUAAUAACCACAUGCAAAACAAAGAAACAUAAAUGCUGACCUCCCCAUGCCCCACCUCACCCCCCUCGUUUUUCCCCCUUAAAUUCAUUUUAUUGUAGGGUGAAGUGCCUUGGCACGGGAUUUUUCAGCUUUUGGGAAUGAUUCUGAAAGGGUGUGCUGUUUAUUUUAUUUAAUUUUCGGCUGUCUUUAUUUUUUUUUUUUUUUUUUUUACUUUGGAAGUAGGAAACCACCUAUUAUGUAAACUGGGCACAACACUGGCAUUGUACAUGAGUCUAUAUGCUUGGGGAACGUGGCAGGAGGGUCUUGUCAGGUCAUAUUGAGGUUACAAGUACAAAAGUCAUGGUCCUUUUUUUUGUCUUUUUGUUUUGUUUUGUUUUGUUUUGUUUUCUUUUGAACCGACAUUGUUUGAUUUUAUUUUCUUUCUGGUUAUGUACAGCGCACAUUUUCCCCUUUUAGCCAUGUUAGCCAUGGGUGAGUUUAAAUGGCUUUUAUGGAGAGAUUAGCACACCCCGACUUUAAUACAAGGUUUCCUUUUUUUAAGGAUGUGUUUGUAUGCUUUCUGGACUUUUGAAUUAAAAAUAUAUAUAUAUUAUGAUCUUUAAAAGGAUCACUGUAGAUGUGGACAAAUCAUUAAAGAGUGCAGAGAUAUAUGAUCCAUAACUGGUUAGUGAAAAUAACUUAUUGAUGAAAUAUAAAAAAAAUAUUUUAUUGUAGCACCUAUUUUUAUAUGCACAUUAGCAUUUCUCUUUCCUUCACUAUUUUAGGACCUAAUCCUACAAAUUCUUACUCACUUGAGUAUCUUUACUUGUGAAAGAAGUCCCAUCCUAGACCUUCAUCCUGCAGGCACUUAAGCACAUGAACCACUUUAAUCGUGUGUGUAGCCCUGCAGAGCAUUAAUAUACUCAUUGAGCAAAGUUAGUCAAAUGACCAAAAGAUUGUAAGAUUAGGACAGAGGAUGCAGAAUUAUUCUUACAAGUAAAAUUACUGGGACAUUUAAAUGUGUUUUUUUUUUUUUGUGUGUGUUUUUUUUUCAGGAUGGGUUCCAAAGUCUGCAGAUGCUCUGAAGUGUUGCACUACAUUGAGAGCUGCUUUUUUUUUUCUUUUUUGCCUCAAAGCCAAUGCACUGUCAGGAUAACCUUAUAAAUCAUUAUACAUAAUUCCAAUUAAGACCAAAUCUUAACAGACAAUCUAAGACAUAUAAUCUGUUCACAAUAGGAAAAAAUAAUGUUUCUUUAUGCUAAAGUACACCUUUUAGCAACUUCCUGCUCAGGCAUCUAGCUGGACAAGCUAGUUAGGGACAUGUAGUAGGCAUUCAUUUUAGCAGGAAAAAAAUGCUUUGGUUUUAUCAGUAUUCUUUGUCUUUUUUUGUUGUUCCCUCUUUUUCUUUCUUUCUUUCUUUCUUUCUUUCUUUCUUUCUUUCUUUCUUUCUUUCUUUCUUUCUUUCUUUCUUUCAUUAGUUAACCAAAAUAUAAUGAUUUGAUAGUGGUUGUAGCCAGUUUCUGGUUGCUUAGUACGGACCCUCAUGUUUACUGGCAUUUCAAAAGAUCAAAUGAUGGACUGUACACAUCUAUUUACAAUAUCUUUACCCCUUUGGGCAGCAGGCAAUGGCAAGUAUAUUGAUAAACACAGCAUCACUGUAAGAUGGGACAACUGAUGUCUCUCGUAUGUAUCCCAGCACAUGUGAUUUUUUUAAUAGUCUCUGAAUAAACACUUGAUAAAUAUUUCAAAUGUGAGAAUAUGAAAUAAUGAGUAUCUGCAUUUUAAAAUUUCUUGCCAAAAUCAUCUUUUUAUUUGUUGGUUUCUCUUUACUAGCAAUUAUGCUUCGUCAGAAAGUCAUAACAUUUUUAGACAUCAUAUAAUGUGUUCUUUAUCUCUAAAACACAAUAUACGGUCAUUACCAGCAUACAUAACAUGAGUCAGAACCAUACAUAAAUACAUGUUUCACCAGCAUAUUGUGUAGGAUAGUUUUGUAUUUACAUUUUAUUUCCUUGAUAAAGUGGUCUUCAAUAUAUGGAACAGGGUAUAUUUCACAUGGGAUUUUCUCUUUCUUGACAAGGUUAUCAUGUUUGGUAUUGUUUGCAGAGCUGAUCACUAGUACAUCUCUUAUUGCAAAAGGGUUCUGUUCUGUUAUGCUUUUGCUAUCCAUGUGCAGUAUGUCACUUUUUACAAAAACAAAGCUAUAUAACUGGUCCUUUGGAAUUCAAGAUAAAUGUUUUGUUGGCAUGUGUUCUUUCCUCUAUGGCACCAACACAGAGCAAAAUAAAAAAUAAAUAAAUAAAAAAGAAAACCAAAACCAAACAGACAAAAAACCCACAUGACUGUAUUUAACUUGGACAGUUUAGUUUGUGGAGUGUUAUUUCAGUUUGAAGUGCAGAUAGCGGGAGUGUUCUUUUUCCACAAGAGAAAUAACCUAUCUAUUCUCUGUACUGCUCUUCAUUUCCUGCAGAUUUCUCAUUGACACUAGUGAGAAAUGCGAGUACUGCUACCUGAGGUGCAGUUCUGGAACCCUAAUUUUGAAUUACCUCCUUUCUAACUAUUGCUGAAACCACUGUCCUGGUUCUCCUUUCAUUUAAACUCAGUAGAGGCCCACUGUUGCUAAAUGGGUAUAAGUAAAGAAAUUUUCAGCCUCACUGGCUUUGUCAUUCAGUAAGAGGAAGGAAGGCUUACUCAGUAAGAACUGAAUGAGAAAUUCCUGCAAACAGUGUGCAGCCUUUCAUGUGUAUAUGUAUUUUUUUCUCUGUGGGUCUAAACUUAUAAACAGGAGUUUGCAUGGGAGUCAACAGAAAUGUAGGAUUAGGUUCUUAAUGUGAAAGGUACAUUUUACAUGGCAUUCUGCCACAAAGAGGCAGCAUCCACAAAUGAGUAAAUGAACAGGAAUUGCUUGAAUUUAUAAUAAAUAGCCAAUAACAAUUCCUCAGCAGUCUCUUUAAGCUUGCAUUCUGAUGUUGCUAUUUCUGAAGCUGGUAGUACUGUUGCUUCCACAUUUUCUAAAUAUAUUUAAUAACAGGUUUUGAUUUUUUUUUUCCUUAGGAUCUAUAUGAAAAUCAGAACAAUUCAUUUAAAUUCCUUCAAUUUCUCAUCUUCAGUAGAAAAAACAUAUAUUAUUAGUUCCAUUACUGGAGAAAGAAAGAUGCUUAAAUUACCUUCAGAAAGUGCAUUCUUGAAGACAAAUCCUUAAAAAAGGAUGCAGAGUGUAAAAUAAUAUUCUUCAGUCCAUAAUUAUCCUGCAAUACACCUGAAAGGGCUAUUUGUGAAUGAGGACUUUAAUGGAAGUAGGAUUUCCCACUCAAUGGCUACAAUGAUGUAUCAUCUAUGGAAAAUUAUAGUAAGAAAAAGUAGAUGGAAAUGUCACUUGACAAAAGAUGUGCUUUUGAUUUGAAAAUACAGAAUAAGUGUUUUUGUUUGUUUUGUUUGUUUAAGAAAAAGUGUUGUAUAUGAAUAUGUCUCUGCUUUGUUAGCAAGAUCAAUGAAGGCUGAAUGAUGAUGUGCUGGUUAGUGCUGACCAAAGGGGUAAAAGUGUCAGAAGUAAAAAAAUAUUUAUCCCUAUUUUAAGAAUUCAAAAUACUAUUUUAGCUUGUUUUAGGCUUGUUAUCAGACUGUUUUAGUCUGGUUGUCAGACUGAUUUAUUUAUUUAUUUAUUUAUUUUUGAUGAGUAAUAUUGAGCUUACUGAAUCACUCAUAUGGCCUCACUUUUUUUUUUUUUUUCCUAAAAGUGCAUGCAAUUCUGUAAUAAAAGAUGAAAAAAGGUGGAAAAGAAUCCUGAUUUCUCAAUGUAAUUACUAGAAUCAAAACAUGGAUCAUGAUAAUAUAGAACAUUUAAGCUUAUCAAGUAAAAGAGAAAUUCUUUGUACUUUCUGUUGCUUUUCAGUAUUGUACCAAUUCAAUGCCCUAAACAUUCAUGGUGAGUUUAAGGGUGAGAUUCUUUUUUCUCUCUAACAGUCUAACAUAAAUUCAGCUUCCAAUUUUAUACCUCUAGGGUCCAAAUUCGCUCACUUUUUUUUUUUUUUUUUCAUCCCAUUAUUUUAUUGGUCACUUAAGUUUGUCAAAACAUCUACAGAUGAUUCUAUAUACUGCAGUGUUUAAUUUCUGAAUGUUUUCCUGUGUUUUCAUUUUUUUCUAUAACGUAGCUAAUUCUUAGGAGCAUUCCUUUACAUGUUAGAUGUAGUGGUACCUUUUCUCAUAUCACAUAAUAACUUAAUUAUUAAAGUAAUAUAACAAAAAUAAUAUUAAAAUAUCAUUAAUUAAGAGCCUCUGGCCCACAGAAAACACAUCUAAGAAAAUAUAUCUGAAAAGUCACUAACAGAUAAUCAUGGUUGGUGGUAAAAUAUGAAGGUAAUAUCCAAGUUCUGCUGGUUGCUUAGACAUAUUUGAGCUGGAGCUCAAAUGUGACCAGUGUGUUGUGUGUUUCUUACAGAAACUUAAAAGUCUUCUUAAUGCAUAUGGUUCCCACCCAGGGGCAGUCUGUUAAGGCAAAUCCUGAAGGAGCUGACUUGAUGACAGGGUAAAUAACAGCUUCUUCAUUUUUAGAGGGAAGGUUCUUUAUAUUACCUGGUGUCUCUGGGGAUACUGAAUAGCCUUUCAUGUGAGUAAAAACUGGCAUACUGAAAUGCAGCAUCUCCAAAACAGCCCCCAGAGAACGGUGCCAGAACCUUUGGUUGUCUCAUGCAGAACUGAGAAUGAUAUUGGCACUACUGGCAUUAAGAAGAAAAAUGAAGGGAGAAGAGAGAGAAUGGCAGACACAAUUCCAUAGCCGUCAGCCUUCAAAUGGUCUUAACGCUUGUAUUGAUUAUUUGAUUGUAGGGAACUUGUACCUCCUUUCUGCAACAUUCAUUUAUUCUGGAGAAUGUAGAACCUCAAGCCAAAGAGUGACAACUGGGUGGAGAUGUAGACAAGUGAGGUGGUUGUGUGAGAAGGGUGGGCAGAAUAGCAGCACUAUGAACAAGGCAGCCACUUGUUGUUUUGAAUAAUUUCCCAAAUCUUCUAAGAAAAUUUGCAAUGUGCUCUGCUGGAAUGAAAGCAUAUAAAUCUUCUUGCAGUCAAGCAAUACUACCUUUUGGAUUUGUCUUUAUCCAUCUAUGUAUAAAUACUAUCCUAAUAUAUAUAUAUCACCACUCUUUACAAUUUAUAUUAUUUUCUUACAUUUCAUUAAUCAGCUACAUUUCAGAGUACCUAGUAGUAUGAUAAUACUCCAGAAAUACUAUGCACAGUUAUCUUUUUGAAUAUUUUUUUAUUCUUAAAGCACUGAACAGAACAGUUCAGAAGCACAAAGAAAUGCAUUUAGGUCAUAGGAACCAGAGGCAUUUAAUUCACUGAAUAUACAAAGAAAUAAAGUGUAAUGAAGUUUGUAAUCAAAUGGUUAUCAAAUUAACUAUUUAACUUACAGCUAAUGGGCCAUAUUUUGCUUCUAGUUGUAUAAAACUGGAUUCCGUUGACUUGUCGAAGUUAAAAAACAUUUACCUUGCUCUUGUGACUUGGGCUUUUUGUCAUUGAAAUAAGCCAUUCUCUUAGCAUUAUUCUUUUGUAAAUGGAAAAAUUUGAAUACAAUAGUCAUAAACAUUUGCAGUACUACUACCUACCCCCAAAAUGAAUUACAUCUAUUUCCAAUCUGCUGACAAAUUAACUGAACAUUAAUAUGGUAUAUCACUGUAAAAUUUAACUCAGAACCAUAGUGUCCUGAUUAUGUGGGGAAAUUCAGUUUACAUAUACGUAUGUAGCCCUUGAGCAUGAUGGACGAAAUGAAGUGACAACGUUUUAUUUAAUUCUGUGGGCUUGGUACUCAAACCUUGAAUUAGGUUUGAUAAAAAUUGUUUUUCAUGUCAUGUUUUGUUUGUUUAUUUGUUUAUAUUUUUCACUCAUUGAGCAUAUCACCAUUUUUACUGUAGUUGUGCAGCCUUAUAUUUACAAUGUAUUUAAUUUUUGCAGAAAACUAUGCAUGAUGUCAAAACUAAAUGAAGAUUUUUUUUUUAAUUCUUUUUGUUUGGACACAUUUUUAACUGUUAUAUAUCAUGACAUUGUUUGGGGUGACCUUCCAAAAAUACAUCUACAGUGGGUAAGAUAGAAUUGAAAUAAUAAAUGUCUAGUUUAAUAUGUCAUGUAAUAAAACAUUUUCUUCUCAUGAUUUCAAAAAUAUAUCUGAUUUUGUGAGCGUUAGAUUAUCAAUACAUUCUGUUAAAUUUGUAGCGAUACUGUGACAAAAAAAAAAAAAAAAAAAGAAAGUUCAUAUUCCUGUUUGGGAAAGGGGACAAAUAUUGUUGUUGUCAGAGAAAUCAUAUUAGCUUUAGUCAAAAUUGCAUUUUAAAAAAUGACUAAGUUAAGAUAUCUUAAAGUAAAGCUUGAAAGGUGAAUAUCUAGUUUUCUAAUUAAGGAAAACAGAAUUUAAUU